AGGCGCGGCUCGGUGGCCCGAGCGGUGGCUCCGGGGUGGCAGGGUCGCGAGGCGCGGAGUCGCGGGGGCUGGAGCCACGGCCCGGCAGCGGCAUCGGGACCCGGACGGCGGGGUCUGGCUGCAGGCCCUGCCAUGGAGCCGGGCAGUGUGGAGAACCUAUGUAUUGUGUACCGGAGCCAGGACUUCCUGGUGGUGAACAAGCACUGGGAUGUGCGCAUCGACAGCAAGACCUGGCGGGAGACCCUGACCCUCCAGAAGCAGCUGCGGCACCGCUUCCCCGAGCUGGCUGAUCCUGACACGUACUAUGGGUUCAGGUUCUGUCACCAGCUGGACUUCUCCACCAGCGGAGCGCUCUGCGUGGCCUUGAACAAGGCAGCCGCAGGCAGCGCUUACAAGUGCUUCAAGGAGCGUCGUGUCACCAAGGCCUACCUGGCUCUGGUGCGAGGACAUGUCCAGGAGAGCCAGAUGACCGUCACCUAUGCCAUCGGCAGGAACAGCACGGAGGGUCGGGCUCACACCAUGUGCAUCGAGGGCACACAGGGCUGUGAGAACCCGAAACCGAGCCUCACGGAGCUGGUGGUCCUGGAGCUUGGGCUGUAUGCAGGGGACCCCGUGUCCAAAGUGCUGCUGCGGCCUCUUACAGGCCGGACACACCAGCUGCGCGUGCACUGCAGUGCCCUCGGUCACCCCAUUGUGGGGGACCUGACGUACGGGCAGGCCUCAGGCGGGGAGGACCAGCCCUUCCGCAUGAUGCUGCACGCCUUCUACCUGCGCAUCCCCACACGCACCGAGUGUGUGGAGGUCUGCACCUCUGACCCCUUCGUGCCCACCCUUGACCCUUGCUGGAGCCCACACAGUCUGGUACAGCCGCUGGACCAGCUCAUCCAGGCCCUGCGAGCCGCCCCCAACCCGACAGAAGAGGGCCCUGGGCCCUGCAGUCCAUCCAUGCCCCUGCCUGGGUCGGGCCAGCCCCCAUCGCCCCCUGCCAAACCCCCCGAGACAGAGGCGCAGCAGGCCUCAUGCUUGCAGUGGCUGUCAGAGUGGGUGCUGGAGCCGGACCACUGAGAGCACCGGGCUGGGGUCGGGGCAGCAGGCUGAGACCCCUAGGGGGAUGGGGACUGCCGGUCAGAGCCCAAGGCCCACCAGAGGCUGGGGUGUCCCUCUCUGCGGCCUCACAGUGGACAAGGACUGAGGCCCCACCCCGGCUGCAGCAGCCACAGGAGAGGGGCCAGCAGGGGGAGCCAGGCACCGCGAUUCCGAAGGAUGGAGCCUCAGGCUGAGAGACUGAACCGCCUCCCGGCCCCCAGGGGAAGCCAAGGCCUGCUCGUCUUUCUGAAACGCCUUUUAUGUUUUAAAGCUUCACCCUCGGAAACCUUUACCCUUUUGUAAAUUUGCCCCAAUCAUCCUGGAAGAGGCAAAGGUGGGUCCUAGGCCGCCUUGAGGUGGCCUCCUCCUGGGCCCCCAGCCCACCCUGCAGGGCACCCUCCUCCUCGCUGCUCUGCUCAGACCCUUUAUGCCAUCACCCCAGGCUGGUUGGGCUCUCUUCACCUGCAGACCCUCACCCAUCCAGCCCAGCUGGUCCCGCCUUGUGCCUUUGCUCCUGCCAGACUCUGCCCGUGGGUCUCGCCCCCUGCCCCCGAAUCCGAAUCCUGAGCGUUGCACACAAGGCGGCUCUGGGCCAUACCGCUUGCUCCCAGCCACACAUGCCACUCCUCCAGGCCUGAUGUGGGUGCUGCUCCUGCAGGGUCUUCUGGGCCCCAGCUGCAGCGGUUGCCAUCACCGCUUGGCUGGCAGUUCCCAGAUAACCACAGGUCAUCAGACUUCAGCCUGGGAGCAAGGGUGGCUAGCCGCCACCUUCUCCCCCACAACGUGCCCACACCACCUCAGCCACAGCUGGCCUCCGGGGACUCAGAAUAAACGAUCAGUGACUGAUCCUGUGAUUGUGUCUGAUGUGGGGGUUCCGGGGGACCAGACCCCUGCUCCCUCUCCCUGCACUGGGCAGACCUCAGCCCCAGGUUCCCCAGCAGGACCCAAAGUGGACCUCAUGGUCCUGGCUGCUGACUUGUUCUCCCCUCAUGCAGUGAGCUCCUUGCAGCCCUAAUGUGGGGGCUGGGCUCCUGGUGGCGGGGCAGCAGCUGGGUCAGCCCUGUCCCUGGAGGACCCCCAGCCCUCGAGCCAAAAACACUGGAGCAUUAUCUAGUUUCAACUAGGGUCCAUCAUGGAGCUGCUGCCCCACCCCACGCCACCCCUCGGGCCCCCUGCCAUCUCAGCGCAGAGGGAAGGCUGGUGCCUAGGCCGCCAGCCAGUCUGAGGUCACACGCCAUGUCCCUACAGCCGCCUGGGCUGGGCCCCUCCUGGCCCACACAGACAGGCCCUGUGGUGCCCCUGGGCUGGCCCCACCUGUAGUCACGGGGAUCUCAGCUGGGAUGGAGCCAGAGGUAGUUGCCCAUGGGGCGUCAGCAGAGACCCCGGUCCCAGCCUCUGCUCCCUGCACAUCCGGCUCCUCGUGUGUAACAGGAGGAGGGGCAGAGGGGCCCACGGGGUGCUUCUAUCGCCCCCCACCCUGUGCCACUCAUGCCCCCACACCCCUCGCAUGAAUGGUUUUUCUCACACUGGGACAGAGAGAAGAUUAUCUUUCUCCAGCUUGCCUUUCACAGCACGUUGACGGAGACGGGCAAAGUCGAAUUCUUUGAGCAAGUGGGGCCACUCCGUGUGCUUCCACACCAGCCCCUUCCUAGCUGGGAGCAAGGGCAGCUGGCUUGCAUCACCUCUGUCUCCCCCACGCCCAGGUCCCAGGAAGCUGCCGGGUGAACCUAGGGGGCCAAGGAUGGCCUACUACCCCCCGUCCCCACCCUUCUAGAGCCAGGUGGCCUGAGGCAGGGCCUUGGGGAGGA